AAGCAGUAUUGAAACAAAAGAUGAAGAGGACAGAGUUAAAUAUGUUGAUAAAAAGUUCUAUUUGAACAGUAAUGAACUGAAAGCUGAUGAUAUGAAUAUUGAUAAAGAUUUCUGGUCAGAGAAUAUCGAAAUGAGUAACAUUGAAAAUGAGAAAAUUCUUAAAGUUGUAGAAAACGAAAACAUUGACAUAAAUAGUAUAAUUUCCUUGUGUGACAAUGGAAAUUUCAAUUUUUAUCAAGAUCAAAAGCUUAAUGGUGAUUGUGGCAAAUCAACAGAUUAUUUUUGCGCUGAAGGAUAUAAAGAGUGGAAUAAUUUGAACAUGAAUUUUGAACAUGCUGAGACUGAUAGUGCACAUAACCCAAAUAACCAACUGCAAAAUAAUAAUCCAGAUUUACAAAAUAAUCAAAAUAAUCUGAAUUCUUUUGGUCAAGAAUCAAGUACAAAGUCCAUUCCAAUUUUCAAGGAUACAAAUAACAACGAAAUUAAUCAUUACAAUGAAAUGAACGAUAAAAGUCGUUUAAAAGAAAAUUAUAUUGAUGCUAAUGAACCGCAGAAUUAUACAACAUCGUGGUAUGCCAAAAAUUCAAAUCAGAAACCUAUAAAAUAUACGGACUAUACGAACAUGAUUGAAGAGAAACCCUGGAGUGAAGAAUGUUCAAAUUCAUCAACUAUUCAGGUUAAAGAAAACACUAACGGAUUUUGGUCAGUUGGUGAUUCGGUAUUAACGUUUAAUACUUGGGUACCCUGGAAAGAUAAAGAUGAGUUUGAUUAUGAAUUAGAUAAAUUGCUUAAAAAAUAUAAGACAGAAGCGACAUAUCGAUUUGCAAUGGACGGUGCGAUUAGUUGA